AUGUCUUCGUAUAGUAAACACGUUGUGUUCGACAUUGUCGGCACAUGUGUGUCGUACGAUGCCAUGUUCAACGCCCUCGAUCGACGGCUAGGCGAUAAAUUACGUGCUCAAGGCAUCAAGCCUCAGCUACUAGGUUAUCUCUGGAUCGAAGUCACCGAGCGGGAGUAUACCUACUUGAGUAUGAAUGGGCGAUAUGUCACAUUCCGCGAUGUCUUCAGCAGCAUCUAUUAUCGAAUGCUGUAUAUGGCUGGCGUGCAAGACCCUCAUGAAUUCUCUAAUGACGAGGAUCUGAACUACAUUCUCCAGGAGUAUAUGAAGUUGGAAGCACGUCCUGGAAUUGCCGAAUGCUUUCAGAUCUUGAGAGACAACGGGUUCACCGUCUGGGCCCUGACAGCCGGCGAUGUGGAGCGCGUGGGAGGCUACUUCAAACACAACGGAAUACAUAUGCCCGAAGAAAACUUCAUCUCUUGCGAUGGGUUGAAGAUUGGCAAGCCCGAUCCACGCGUGUAUAAGCUCAUGCUGGACCGUCUCGGUGAUGAUGAGAAAUGGUUUGCGGCUGCACACAAUUGGGAUGUCAAUGCAGCCCAGUUGGCAGGUUUCAAGGCAGCUUACUGCACCAUUUGGGAGAAAGAGCUAUGUGAAGGACUCUUUGGCAAAAUGGAUAUUACGGCACAUACAUUUCCAGACAUGGCGCGCCAGAUUGUGACUGCAUCUAUGUAG